CAGGUGGACCAUUGCCACUGAUACUGCCCACAGAGCAGGAAAAACUUCCCCCGAUUAAGGUAUCACUGUUGACCUGACUUGAAAUGAUAAUCCCAUUCAAUGAUAAGGCGUGGAUCCACUUGGUACAAGUAUGGGGUCAUGGAUGUAAUAAAUCCCGCCCGUUUCGGGACUGACGGCGGGACCAUACGAUACCGUGACCUAAUGAGGUACAAUCAUCGGGUAGUAUACCGUACCUGCUGCUGCUUCAGUCCCCGCUCUCUCUCUCUUUCUCCUCUCUUCGUUAUUUCUUCUCUUCACACCCUCAUUCAACUCCCCCUUUUGGAUUGCCCCCUUGCCUUUGGUUCAACUUCUAUCUCCAGCAGUGUCUCGAUCUUCCCUUACCCGUCUACUCCGGACUGUUCGCCUUCCCUAUCCACUUGCUUACUAGGAAUCCCUCCCCCGCUCCUCCGUUACUUCCCCGCUCCUAUCUUGAGCACCGUCAAAGACGCCACCUUCUUCGCCAGUUCGGCUUCAGUCAUUCUCCUUCGUACCGCCAACGGUUCUUCGGACCAUCAACUCCUCUUAUCUGAUCUGGUUACCCUCCACAUCCGCCAAGAUGAGUAGUCCGAAACGAAGAAUCGAGACAGAUGUUAUGAAGUAUGCUCGAUACCACCUGUUGACCUUGCGAUGGGUUGUGACUAACCUGUGGC